AUCCUCUGGGGUGUCCCAGGAGCCAUGAUUCUCAGCCCAUUUCUAGAAAGGAAAUCAAAGUGUAGACUAGUUAAUAACCUGGCCAAAGACACACAGAGAGUCUGACUUCAGCCCCAAGUUUGUCCAUCUUCUCCAGGCUUUCUCCUGGAGACUGGGGACGGCGGAAGGGAGGGGGCUCCUGUGCUCUGGACGUAUUCACCAAGAAAGGGAAAGGCACUGACAAACCCACAGAGGAAAACAGAGACAAAAAACAGUCUCAGGAGUGUCAGGAGGAGGAGGAGGACCUGAAAUCAUCCAUCAGCCCGCAACUCGGGGAGACUCGGUGCUUCCGGCUGGGCCUCGCUCCCACGGCUGCCCUGCCCCCCAGGAUACCUUGCGGUGGGCUCCAGUCCCCCAGAGCGGGUGAGCACAUCGGUAAACAUGCCACCUGUGGUCUCCAGCUGCAGAAAACAAGCGGGCGGGCACAGCCACUGUCCCAUGUGGUGAAGGUGAGAAGAGGUGGGGGCCAAGCUGCAGCCCUCCGGCCUGACGGUGGUUGAACCAGGGGAAAGGUUGUCAGACCCCUGACACAGAGUUAAAUGAGGAUUGACUGUAUCCAAUCCUCUGGAAUGGAGGAAGAAUGCCAGAUCCAACCAAGACCACCACCAGGGUUCAGUUUCAGGGAUGCCCAGCCACGAACCUUUCCAAGGUGAGCAGUGCUUAGUGGGCGGAGCACUGAAGUGGGAGCCAGGGCACCUGGGCUCUGGUCUCGUCCUUCUGCCCCUAGAGAAGCAGCUUCCUGACCUCUGGGGAGGACCCCUGCCCUGGCAGACGAAGCUGAGGAUGCCAGCAGAGGAAGAGAUUUUCCACCACCGCCGCUUGUGCUGGCUCUUCCUGAGGGCAAAGAGGGAAGUGAUGAGCUCACCCUGGAUCGGAGGGCACUAGUGUGUGGCUGCUGUGCUGGAAACUCCCCCAGUGGGGGCGCCUCCUCUACUGAUCUGGCUCCCUAUAAAGGGCCAACUUGAGCUGCAGAGAAUCCCUGCAGAAGAUCCUAAGAAGGCGGGUGGACCCCACAGCCUCUGCCCACAGCUACCAUGAAGGUCUCCACUGCGGUCCUCGCCGUCAUCCUCGCCGCUGCCACCCUCUGCGUGCCUGCGUCUGCCUCCCCAUAUGCCUCGGACACCACACCCUGCUGCUUUGCCUACAUCUCCCGCCCGCUGCCCCGCGCCCACAUCCACGAGUAUUUCUACACCAGCAGCAAGUGCUCCAUGGCAGCAGUCGUCUUUAUCACCAGAAAGAACCGCCAGGUGUGCGCCGACCCAGAGAAGAAAUGGGUGCGGGAGUACAUCAACUCUUUGGAGUUGAGCUAGGACGGAGGACGCCUUGAACCUGAACUUGUGCAAAGUUUCCUAUCGCUUCUUGCGCUUGUCCUCACCAGCUGGGGAGGCUCCCCGCCAAGUGCUGUCCUCGCACCCCCUCCGUGGAGGGCACAGGAGUUUCCACCACACACAGCCCAGGUGGCAAAAGCCUCCCAGGCC